UUCUUUUUCGUCCUUUUUUUCCUUUCAUUUCCACUCUCUCUUUCCCUCAGCCUGAGAAAAUUGUUCUCCAUAUAUACUUGAGAGCAUGCCUGAAUGUCCAGAGAAAGGGAGAGAUUUGAUGAGAUAGGCAAGAAGAUCAAGAGAGAAGCAGAUGUUUCAUCUCAUCAUCAGAUGGGAAGAAGACACAUGUUGGGUCCUCCGGGAACCCUAAAUACUAUUACUCCUUGUGCAGCCUGCAAACUCUUAAGGCGUAGGUGUGCUCAAGAAUGCCCUUUUUCUCCUUAUUUCUCCCCCCAUGAACCCCAAAAGUUUGCUUCUGUUCACAAAGUCUUCGGUGCCAGCAAUGUCUCAAAGAUGCUUAUGGAAGUACCGGAAAGCCAAAGAGCUGACGCAGCGAAUAGUCUUGUUUAUGAGGCUAAUGUGAGGCUAAGAGAUCCUGUUUACGGGUGCAUGGGUGCAAUUUCAGCUUUGCAACAGCAAGUUCAAUCUUUACAAGCUGAACUAAAUGCAGUAAGGGCUGAGUUACUAAACUACAAGUAUAGGGAAGCUAACCUUAUGCCCUCUUCCCAUGUAGCCCUGCUCUCUUCUGGGGCCAUUUCUGUUGCUACACCACCACCAGCCCCAACACAUCCACCACCACCACCUCCUUUUCCUAUUACUUCUACUUCUUCCAUGUACACCAACUACAGCACCAGUUCAAAUGAAAAUGUUUCCUACUUUGGAUAAAAUUAUUAAUUUCCUAGCUAGACUGAUAUCAAAAUAUCCCAUUUAUUUUUCUCUAUCAUGAAGCAAAAUGGA